UGCGCAUGCCCAGAGUCAGGGCGCCUUGCUGACUACUAAACCGAUGGGGUAGUCAGCUGCGCUUGCUGACAGAACCGUCCGGAAAUGCCAGGACUGGGCCGGGGACUCAGGGUCCUUGGGACCGCGCAGGGUGGAAGCUACCUCGGUUUAGGAACCCUGAGAUGACAGCCCGAGCCUGGGUCCAGGCAUGGAAUUCCUGACAGCACCCCAGUCCCCCUCAGGGCCUCGAGCCAUAGGGUUGGAGACUCUUGAUCCCCCUGGCGACCCGACCGCUGACAGCCCAUGGGACCCAGUGCCCGGAGGCCCCAGCAGCCUGAGUCAGAUGGAACUCGAAGGAUCAAGUGUCCAGGACUUGGUGCAACAGUUCGAGGCUCUGCCGGGGGACCUGGCGAGCCUGUCCCCAGAUGACACCCCCUGCCAGCUGCACAUGGCUAUGGGGCAUGGCCUGGCACCCCAGGAGGUGGUCGCUGCCCAUAGGCCGCUGUCGGCUGAGGCCAGCCAGGACGACCUGCUGAGCCUGCUGCGGUGUGAGGAGUGCCCCCCUCCCGAGCCCUGUCCCCACCAGUCUCUGGAGCCGGCGCCUCACCUGCUGCAGCCCCCCGGGGACCCCGAUGUGGAGCCUGCACCCCCCAAUUGGGCAGAGCAAGGCUUUGCUGAGCAGGGGGAUAGCAGGAGCUCUAGCAGCUCCCCCGAGCCGUGGCCAGAGACUGCAUCUCUGGUGACACCUGAAAGGCCAUCGCUGGCUGGUGCCCAGAACCCUGAGGCCCUAGCUUCGUGCCCUGCCCUCCAGGAAGUACCUGGGCCCUGUGACCAUGAGGACCUCCUGGACGGCGUCAUAUUUGGGGCCAAGUACUUGGGCUCCACCCAGCUGCUGUCUGAGCGGAACCCGCCCCCCAGCACGCGCAUGGCCCAGGCCCAGGAGGCGAUGGCCCGUGUCAAGGCCCCUGAUGGGGAGACCCAGCCCAUGACAGGGGUGGACCUCUUCGUGUCCACCAGGAGGAUCAAGGUGCUGACGGCUGACUCCCAGGAGGCCAUGAUGGACCACGCCUUGCAGACCAUCUCCUACAUCGCCGACAUCGGCCCUGUGCUGGUGCUCAUGGCCCGGCGACGGCUGGCCCGGAAGCCUGGAGCCCAGGACCACAACUGCCGCCUGUACAAGAUGUUGUGUCACGUCUUCCACUCAGAAGAUGCCCAGGUCAUUGCCCAGGCCAUUGGCCAGGCCUUCGCCGUGGCCUACAGCCUCUUCCUGCGUGACAGCGGCAUUGAGCCCAGUCAGGUGGGCACCCGGCCCGGCCAGGGGGCCGCCAGCUCCAGCCACCUGCACAACAGCGACCUGGCCCACUUCUCCGACAGUGAGAACUGCAGGGAGGUGCGCAUCGAGAAGCGCCGUGGCGAGGGCCUGGGCGUGGCGCUGGUGGAGUCGGGCUGGGGUUCGCUGCUGCCCACGGCCGUCAUCGCCAACCUGCUGCACGGGGGCCCGGCCGAGCGCUCUGGCGCGCUCAGCAUCGGUGACCGCGUCACGGCCGUCAACGGGGCCAGCCUAGUGGGGCUGCCGCUGGCCGCAUGCCAGGCUGCCGUGCGUGAGGUGAAGCCACAGACGUCGGUGACACUCAGCAUCGUGCACUGCCCACCGGUCACCACGGCCAUCAUCCGCCGACUGCACUCACGGGAGCAGCUGGGAUUUUGCGUGGAAGAUGGCAUCAUCUGCAAUCUUCUCCGGGGUGGCAUCGCUGAGCGCGGGGGCGUCCGCGUGGGCCACCGCAUCAUCGAGAUCAACGGGCAGAGCGUGGUGGCCACGCCGCACGCCCGCAUCAUCGAGCUGCUCACCGAGGCCCAUGAUGAGGUGCAUAUCAAGACCAUGCCAGCCGCCACCUACCGCCUGCUCACCGGCCAGGAGCAGCCCGUGUACCUGUGAGCCCGCGCGCUUCAUCACAGUGCCUCAUCCCUGCCCACCGCUCUCCCAUGUAAAGGAUUAAAAGCUUAUUUGGCCACCACA